AUGGCGCACCUUCAGCAGCAACUCAAGAACUUCAACGCGGGGGUUAUGGACUAUGCCAAGUCCAUGCCCCAGCAGCGACGGUUCAUCCACAAUAACUCUGCGGGCAGUUCCCAGGUUCCCUCGUCAACCUCUACGCCCACGCCUGGUGGUGGUAAUAAUGAACAAAAGAAGAAGCGCCAUGAUGCGGACAUCGUGUAUUCCCAGCCUGCCAAUACAGGCACGGGCAAGGAUAUCAUGACUCAGGUGGUUUUUGCUAUUGAGCAUAUGAAGACCAAGGGCGUCCCGCUUACGUUCAACGAUAUCGUUUCCUACCUUUCCCUGCAACAUCGGGCGAAUGACCAGGGCUAUAUCCAGGCACUGCGGAGUAUCUUGCAGAUGCAUGAGAAGGUGCAAUUUGACCCUAGCGGAGCCAAUGGAGAGGGCACAUUCGGCUUCCGUCCGCCGCACGAUAUCCGUAAUGAGGAACAGCUUCUUCAGAAACUGCAAGCACAGUCUACGGGAGUUGGGAUGAUUGUUCGGGAGCUCAGAGAGGGUUGGGCGAAUGUCGAGGAUGCAAUCAAUAAGUUGGAGAAGGAGGGCAAGCUGCUCGUCACGCGAAACAAGAAGGACGACCAUGCGAAGAUGGUCUGGGCCAACGAUCCUUCGCUGAUCCAGUAUUUUGAUGACGAGUUCAAGCAGAUCUGGGAGAAGAUCAAGAUUCCUGAACAACAGGUUGUCAAGGAAGAACUAGAGAAAGCUGGUAUCACCCCGACAAAUAAGAAUAAGGUCAUCAAGCCGCGUCCAAAGGUGGAACACAAGAAAGUUAAAAAGCCUCGUCGCAGUGGUAAAACCACCAACACUCAUAUGAUGGGUGUUUUGCGUGAUUACUCGCACCUCAAACGGUAG